AGCAGGGUCCCCGCCCCCCUCCGCCCUCCGCCCACGGUUGCCCAGCGCAAGCGCGCAGUUGCCUGGGCGACAGUGAGGGGCUGGCUGGGAGAGGCCAUGCAUCAGGUGACGGUGCCGGAGCUUUAUUCCCGGAGGAAGCGGACAGAGGGACAGGGGGCUUCCUCGCCGGAGCAAUUGGGAUUACGAUUAGGGAUGUGGUACUGGAAAGAUGAAACCAGAACUCUUGAAUUCAGAAGUUUUACACCUGCAGUAGAACUCAAGGAGAAAGGAAAGAAAGGCAAAGCAAUACACUUUGCUGAAAUUGACGGUCCGGCUUCAGACAGGUUGACGGAUAAAAAGCUUGCUUCAAGAGACGAUAAGUCACUUAAAGCCUUAGAGAAGCGAGGUCAGCAGGGCAACGUGACGCUCCAUGAUGCUAAAUUUGUUGCUUUGUUUUUACUACAAGAUAAUGAGAUGCAGCGGAUCUGUUCCUUUACAACAUUUAUGAGGAAUAAGAAUCUUGACAAUUUCCUCAUGGCAUUAUUGUACUAUUUAUCUCAUUACUUGGAAAAAAUAGCCCUGGAAAAGAAACCCAAAAGCUGCAUGGUGGGCCUUGCGGAGAAGAAGGAGAUGGAAUUGGUUAUAAGGAAGUUAGAAGCAGCGCAGAAUUACCUGGCACAGAAGUACUGCGUCCUUGUCCUGGGCUUGGCAAUGCCUGAUAAGCAUCACAUGUGCUGCGGGAAGGAGAAAAGAUCAGAUACACAGAAAGACUGGAAAUUCUUUGAGUCCUUUUACACUUUCUGUACAUAUGUAGCUUGGAUUGUGUUCCGACGUCAACACUUCACAGAGAUUGAGGAAGAAAUAGGAAGGCUCUUUCGUACCAAUAUGUUCAACAUUCCUCGGAGGAAGCGUGAGGAGGAAGAAUCAGGAGGGGAAAAGAAACGCAUGACUUUUGUACAAUUCAGGAGAAUGAUGGCGAAACGCCCAGCAAUUAAAAAAGCCAUUAACAUGCGCUCUCCAGUCAUGUCUACUCUGCUGCCAUCUCUCAGAGAAAAAGCUCAGAAUAUCUUUGAGAAAAAGUAUCAUCAAGGAGUCGUCAAACUCCCGGCCCCGAUGCAAGAGCACAUGGAAAGUCUGGACUCUGUGCUCAUGCCAAACUGCCUGCUCCAGGGAUCUAGAGCAUCUGAAACAUCACUAUUGCAGGAUUCAGCCUGCCCAACCCUAUCAUCCUAUUUUGGACUUCGUUUAUGGCAUUCUGAUCGCCCAGCUGAUUUUUAUGCAAAGUUGACUGGGGAGUGUGACACCCUCUUCCCCGAUCCUUUCCCUCUGCCACAAGCCCCGACUAAAGCAUGCCUGAGACUGUCAACUGAACAAAAUGUGCCCUCGAGAAAAAGAACACACUAGCAAAAUGCAGUACUUCCAUCACGUGCAGAAACCUGGAAUCCGCUUCAGACCGUGCCCGCAGCGGCCGUCAGGCCUCCCGCGGAUCCGGCUGAUAGCACACUUCCUGCUUCAGGGACUGUGUUCUUUUGUGUGGCUUCUCUGAGCCCACCGCCUGGAUAAAUCUGCUGCUUUCUACCCAGACACUGUUGCUUCACUUGGAAAUAAUUAUCUCCUUCUCCACAUGCACCCUGUUCCCUUCACCCACAUCCCUUAUCAUGCCAUGAUAAUCACACACUGAAGCAGAUGUAAAAGGCACAAAUGGAGCAUUUGCUUGACGACUCGAGAGCCUUGUGUCAUUGCACACAAAGAAGAAAGUGAGGAGGAGCCCUAUCUGCCAUCGCAGGACUCACACUGGAACAUGUACCCAUUAAAGAACAAUUGAGUGGA